AUUCGGCGUUAAAACCGUAACCACGAAGAAGAUUUAAAUAAAUCUCAUCAAUAAAUUGACUUGAGAAUAUAGCAAUGAAACAUUGACAAUAUUUCCAUAAAUAAAUACAUCCUCUUCCACAACUUUUCGACUUGUGCUCACGUUUUGCUCACUUCCAGUCUACACUUUCGCUUAUCUUAUCAUCUGGAAAACGCUGCACAGACAAUUUGCGCUCUGCAAUUCAUUUAGCUCUAGGUAUCUGCUGCUAUUUUACGACAAUGACCUCAAAAAUCAAUAAAAUUGUAAACGGGCCUAUUCCUGAUUCAUUUUUAUUCGACGAGUCGAAAAGAUUGGAUUCUCUGAAGUUUGAUGGAACCAAUUUGGAAGUCCUUGAUCAACUCCUACUUCCACAUGAAUUCAAGUACAUCCCGGUUGAAGGUGUCUCUGACGCUUUUGCAGUUAUAAAAUCAAUGCAAGUACGCGGAGCUCCACUUAUUGCAGUUGUCGGAAGUCUCGGACUGCUCCUGGAAAUCCAAAAGGCUUCUGAGCUUGAUUCUGAAAGUAUUAUUCAGAAAAUUAAUUUUUUGAUAAGCUCAAGACCAACUGCAGUUGAUUUGAGAAAUUCUUUGAACGGCUUGAAACCAAUUUUAGAGUCUCAAGACUAUUCGGAUGUGGUUAAGCUUGAGAAAUGCCGCAGUUAUCUUCUCAACGUGUAUACGGAUGAAAAGCUUCAAAAUAGAAUUCUCGUCUGGAACGCUUAUCAAGAGCUUCUCUCGGCAUUCCCUGACAAGGAGAAGCUUACGGUAAUGACGAUCUGCAACACAGGAAGCUUGGCUACAAUAUCCUGGGGUACUGCUCUCGGAGUCAUUCGGGCUCUUCAUUCUGAAAACCGUCUGAAAUUGGUUUACGUUUUGGAGACGAGACCCUAUAAUCAAGGAAUUAGGUUGACUUCCAUAGAGCUUCUUCAUGGUGAGGUGCCGUUCAAGCUGAUCACUGAUUCAAUGGCAGCAUGGGCAAUGAAGAAUCACCAGGUGGAUUGUGUGCUCACCGGAGCCGAUAAUGUUGCAAGAAACGGCGAUACGGCUAACAAAAUCGGAACCUAUAUGCUUGCUGUCCUCUGCAAACAUCACAACAUCAACUUCUAUCCGGUUGUUCCAUUCACGACGAUCAAUAAGAAUAUUGCAACCGGGGAGGAGAUUAAAAUUGAAGAACGACCAUCUGCAGAGAUGCUUCGAGUAAAUGGAGUUUUAAUCGGAAAUUCUGAAUGUCCGGUUUGGAAUCCAGCAUUUGAUGUCACGCCGGCGCAUCUCAUCACGAAAAUUUUGACGGAUUUCGGAAACUGGCCGCCUGAAAUGCUCGAGCAGCAGAUUCCUAAAUAAUUUUGUUUGUUUUUGAACAGAAUCUGUUGAAUUUAUGAAAAUAUUAUCACUAAAUUUAGAACACAAACACAGAUUGAUAUAAAAUAAAUAAAUUGAGAAAGCGGUU